AUGUGGGGAGCCGCGGCGCCUAAGCUGACUAGUGCCGCUGAAAGCUCCCGAUUCGGGUUGGCUGAAAACUUCGCGCCAAAGGCGCUUGUGGUUGCCAGUGACCCUUGCCGGCGCACUUAUCAUCAAAACAAUCAGUCGCUGCCCCAUUCACAUUCACUCUGUCCCGAGUCCUGCCUGCCCCUCCCCUGUGACCAUGAUCCUGUCGGGACCCUCUCUGUAAGUCCAACAGCAAUUUUCCUAUUUCAGUGUCGUCUUCAUUCCAGCGUACACUCCCCUUUUAAAUAUAAACCAAUGGCGUCCCCUGCCCCUCCUUCUACCCCGAAAGCUGCAUCUGCGUCUAUAGCGACGCCCGAUGGCUCUCAGACGCCCGGGAAGUGGCGUCAUCCUCAUUUGAACGAGGUCGUCCGUCGACAGAAUGCUGGUACAUUCGGAGAUCGCAAUAUCAAUAAGCUUGUGUGGAACACAGCCGCUUUGUUUGCGACGUGGGUGUUUGGAGACACCAUCAAGUCAUAUUUGCUUUGGCUUCAGAAAAUUGGCCCGGUCUCUACAUACCCCGAUCUUUCAUUGCUAGUCCUACAAGUCAUCUUUGCUCUGAAUAUCCUGGUUGCCUUGUACCCUCUUUUCCGCCCGAAAGACAAUUUCUCCGAUAUUCCCUUGACCCCUACACAACGCUCGCUUUUGGGGCUGGAUCCCUCCGCCACACAAUCGUUUACUCCGGGCACGACGUACGUUACUCCGCCUAGGUACCGACUUUCUGCGUCUCGGAACGCCAGCCCAGCUAGCAGAUCCGGUUCCCCCUUGUCAGCAAGCGCUGGCGCUUCCGGACACAGGCUAUCGUCAGGACCUUCUUUCUCACCCUCUCCGAGCCCGUUAUUGCACAAAGUGGUCACAAAUGGUAGCAAGGAAAGCGGGCGGAGGCCGAGCUUUGGAUCUUCGUCUCCGCUCGGGCGCAGCUCAUCCUUUUCGCCUUUCAAAGAAUCUUCUUUUAAAGAGUCUACGUUCAAAGACUCUACAUCCACAUUCAGGGAAUCGACCAUGUCGACAUUUUCCGGUAUGUCCAGCAUUGCGCCCGCGACUCCUUCACCGGUGGGUGGCAAGCGUGUGAGCCUGGGUUUGAGCAACAAGUGGCUGUAUGAGCGGAGCCGGCGCCUGUCAGCAAGCAAUGGUAGCCUUUGA